AUGCUCUGUUGGGAGAAUGAGGUGGGAUCGGAGCUGUACCAGCUGAUGAUCGUCGACCUGUUCUUCAUGUUCGUCUUCGAGCUGGGACUCGAGUUCGCCAGAAAAGUGGCACACGAGCACGGUCUCUGGGUGGAGGAGCCGCACUUUGACAUCCCACGGAACACCAUGUUCCUGAUCUACAGUCAGACACUGGUGUGGACGGGCGCCUACUUCAGUCCGCUGCUGUCGCUCGUGGGAUCCGCCAAACUCGCCAUCAUGUUCUACGUUCGAAAGUGGUCCAUGUUCCGUCACUGCACGCCCCAGUCGCGCUCCGUGAGGGCCUCCCAGACACAGACCCUGUUCAGAAUGGUGGCCUUCAUCGUGUGCUUUCUGGCCGCCUGCUUCACCGGCUACAUCGUCACCAAUGUGCGUCCGUCGGCUACCUGCGGUCCGUUCCAGCAGAAAUCACUGCCCUCCGUAGUCGUCAACGAUACUUUCACAAGAUGGAAGGACGAGGGUCACACGGCGCCCUACACCAUGGCUAUGUACUCUAGCCGACCGGGCGUGGUGGCUGUGUGGCUGCUCAUUCAGGUAAAUCGGAUAUUUACGAUGGAACUGUUGUGGCUACUACUGCGCUCUCUGGCGCUGGCCGUCAGGAGAUGA